UAUGUUUCAGCAUGGUAGCUUUUUCAAGAGCUGAAUCUAUCCUAAGUUCUGCGCGUGUUCUUGGAAGCUUCCGUAAUUACUGACCCUGAUGGAACACUGCCCCCAAAAUGAAUACUUUGAUAACCUGGUGCUCUCUUGUAAGCCUUGUCAUCUUCGAUGUUCUGGUACGCCUCCACCUUCAUGUGAAAACUACUGUGAUAAGAGUGCUGAUUCAGGUGGAGUUCUUUGGAUUUGUUUGGGCUUCGGAGUAAUUUUAAUGCUCACUUUAUUCACAUUAAUGGUCUUGUUUAAGUGGAAGCACCUAAAGCAACUAAAAGAAAAACUGAAAAACACAGGUGCUUCUGUGGAGCUGAAUGAUGUUCUCAAGGCUAACACAGAAAACAGUGUGCAGACAGAUGGAAUUAGACACUCACUUCAAAGUGAAACAUUAAUGUAUUCAGUGGAGGAAUGCACUUGUAGUGACUGUGGCUUGGUAAAACCUCAGACUGGCUGUGAAACUUCAUUUCCAUUACCAGCUACGGAAGAAGGAGCUACUGUUCUAGUUACAACAAAAUCCUUUGAUUAUUGCAACUAUAUUCUGGGUGCGGGGUGUCUAUGAGAGAAGUAGUUAAUUUUUACCGCAUAAUAGUAAUUCAGUUAUUCAAGUAUAGCUAUUAAUCUUCAUACUUAUAGUGGGGAAGGCUAGUACAUCUUCCUUUUAGACCCUGUAUCAAACUUUCAUUGAUAUUGUCAUAUUAUUUUUAAUUCUUUGGUCAAUUUUUUUUACAUUAUUCUCAAAUACCAGACUAGUGACUGGAAUUUUUAAAUUCUGAAAAUCCCUAUGUAGAAUGGCUCUUUCAGUACUUUGAGAUUGUAUCUACUUACACCAGAUAUAUGCAAACUCAUCAAUAAACAAUCUUGCAAUUA